CAUCUCAGUUUUCUUCUCUCCAACUCGUCCACUUUUCGAUUUUCUUCUCUCUACGCCACCGUCCACGGAGGCCGCCAGCCGUAAUUUCGAGCACAUAGUUAUGGCUUUCCUCUCUAUUUCCUUCACUCCGUAAAACAGCAAGAAAAACAAGCAUGCAUUCCCGUUUUACCCUUCCUUCCCAUUUCUAUUUUCCGAUUCCUUCAUCUGCUUUCCUUUCCAGAUCUCUAGUCGGAGCCAACCACACCUCUGCUCGUUUCUGCUCCCGUUAAUCUCUUCUCCAUUUUUAACGAUUUUUUUCCUAUUUUUUAAUUUUUUUUUGUUGACAAAAAUCCACACUGCAACAGAUACAACUCGAACAGCCAAAAAAGUUCUCUCUCUUUUUUUUUUUUUAUAACUCUCGUUGGUUACUGUUGUCAUGGACUCUGGUACAGGGAAGCCGAGCCUUUUCCGGAAUAUUCUGGCUCGUGCUCUUCUUUUCGGUGUUUUCAUCUUGGUCAUCCGAUUCGCUUACGUGGUCACAAUCACCGGCGAGUCUUGCAAUCGCGGUGACUUCUGCUUCUUCUCCAUGCCGCAGAGUCUCAGCUUCGUUAUCCCUGGUGCUGGAGUCUCCGCCAUCGUCGGAAACGAAGCCGUUUCACGGUCCGAUCCUCGCCGGGAACUCUACACCAGCAAGGAGUGGAUCAGGUCCGUCCAUUUCUACUCUUCGGUUUUCCAAGAUCUGAUCUCCGACGGUUACCUCUCGCCUCACUCCAAGUCUCUCUGCGCGGAGACUCCUUUAGGACAAGAAGUUUUCGCCUUGAAAGAGAUAGGCGUGGAAGAUUCCGUUGGCAUUUUCAAGAAAGCGACCAAGCCUUUGGUGAUUAAAGGUGAGGGGCAUCGGAUUCCUUUUGAUGAUAAUACUUUUGACUUCAUAUUCACCGGUGGUGGCCGCCUCGAUGCAUCGGCUCGUCCAUCGGAUUUCGCGGCUGAAAUCGCUCGGACACUGAAACCCGAAGGGUUUGUAGUGGUCCACAUAAAGGCCAAUGAUACUUACAGUAUGAAUUCUUUGCUUUAUUUGUUCAAUUAUUGCAAAUUACUUAAAAUGCACGAUAUGGAUGGUUUCAAUUCAUCAAUGCCUUUUAUUAGAGAAAUUGUAUUAAGAAAAGAGACUGGAUUUCUCAACCAUCUGAGCAAACAGAUUCCCCAUGGUAGUUCUGAUAAUAAGUGCUCCGUUCCCGGCCAUAAACGAGAAUUAGUCAAGAAGGCGGAGCCGCUUAUCGAGGAGGAGCCCUUAAAGCCAUGGAUUACCUUGAAGAAGAAUAUAAACAAUGUGAAGUAUUUGUCAUCAAUGGUCGAUAUCAGUUUCAAGAAGAGAUAUGUGUAUGUCGAUGUUGGUGCUCGGAGUUACGGCUCUAGUAUCGGAAGCUGGUUCCGAAAACAAUACCCCAAACAGAACAAAACCUUUCAUGUCUAUGCUAUCGAGGCUGACAAGCAUUUCCAUCAACAAUACGAUUUGAAAAAGAAGACGGUUACAUUGUUGCCUUACGCGGCAUGGGUGAGGAAUGAGACGCUGCGGUUUGAGAUCAAUCGCGAUCCUGGCCAAGAAGAAGUGAGUGAGCUUAAGGACAAAAGCAGAGGGAUGGGCAGAAUACAACCAGUGAAAUCGAACGGGGGCGAGGUCAACGAGAUCCAAGGGUUUGAUUUCGCGGAGUGGCUGAAGAGCACCGUGACAGAAAGCGAUUUUGUGGCGAUGAAGAUGGACGUUGAAGGAACUGAAUUCGACUUGAUUCCCCGACUAUUCGAAACAGGUGCAAUCUGUUUGAUUGACGAGAUCUUCCUCGAAUGUCAUUAUAAUCGGUGGCAAAGGUGUUGUCCCGGUCAGAGGAGUACCAAAUACGAGAAGAAUUACGGCCAAUGCUUGCAACUGUUCACUUCACUCCGAGAUAGCGGCAUUCUUGUCCAUCAAUGGUGGUGACUGGUUAGACUGGCUCGUAAAUAGCUUAUAUGCUAUGAAAUCACCCCACCCGUAGCCUUU